AUGUCUGUCACUGAACCGGAAUUUCGACGUGCUUUGGCAGAUUUCGUCUCGAAAAUCGAUCAAAUCGGUAGAACAGAACGAUGGACAUUGCACAAGUCGGAUCUGGGGAUCUGUGCCAAGCAGUCUGUGAUGGUAAAAUGGCGGAAAGAGGUAGUGAAUCGGCAAGUGCAUGUCACUUAUAACCCCACCUACUGUGUUCCCGUACUUUGGUUCAACUUCUAUCGACGAGAUGGAACACCUCUAACAAGCUCUGAAAUCAUGGAAAUAUCAGGCAAUGAAGAUUCCAUGGAAAUCUCGCAGUAUAUAUCAUUGAAUGAGCACCCAAUUCUUGGCGUUCUUUUCUACAAUAUUCACCCGUGCAAAACUAAAGACAUUAUGAAUGAGCUCAGUGGCAAAGGAAACUAUAUUGCAAAAUGGCUGUCUGUUUACGGUGCUCCGAUCGGUCUUGCUCCGCCUGAUGCGUUGUUCACUUCGAAGGCGCUUUCGCAGCGCUCCGAAGACGCAUCCCAAAGCUCCGACGAUGGCUCGCUGAGCACGCUCGAGAUGUAG